UUUCUUUUUUAUCUGUCAUGGCCUAUGACCGCUACUUGGCCAUAUGCUACCCCCUGAGAUACAGCUCUCUCAUGAACAUGUCCUCUGCUCGGCUGUCGCUCAGCUCCUGGCUGGGAGGCUUUUUGGCCUUCUCGCUGCUGACCUUUCUGACAUCCAGGCUGACCUUCUGUGGGCUAAAUGUCAUCAAUCAUUUCCUCUGUGAUAUAGAUUCCUGCCUUGCCCUCUCCUGCAGUGACAUAUGGCCCAUGGAGCUGGCAACCUUCCUUGUCUCCAUAAUUGUUGUGGUGGCCUUCUGUGUGGUCACCCUGGUCUCCUAUAUAUACAUCCUCUCUUCUAUCCUGAGAAUUCAGUCAGCCCAUGGCCAAAAAAAAGCCUCUGCUCAUCUCAGUGUCGUCACAAUCUGGUAUGGCUCCACCAUGUUCCUGUAUGUCAAGCCAUCAGCCCCAAAUUCCCUGGAUCUGAACAAGCUUGUGAAUACCUUUACCACAGUUGUAACUCCUUUGUUGAACCCCUUCAUCUACACACUCAGGAACAAAGAAGUGAAGCAAGCUCUGAGGCAGGCUUUCCAGAAAAAAUGA